CAUAGCAGAGCUCGUAGGAAUUGAUUUUUUCUUUUCUUUCAUGAAAUUUUCAAAUCUGAACUCUUUUUGAAACUGAUCGAAGAUGUGUAUUAUCGUUUCUUUCACUGUUUUCGAUCCAGUAUGAUAGCUAGGGUUUCGAUUUUUUCGAGUUCAUUGAGAUUAUUAUAGAUGUUAAGGAUUUCGCUGUGUUUAGAUUUGAGAAAAUUGGUUUGGACGUUCAUGGUUGAUUAAUAAUGGAAAAUAAUGAUUACUGUUUGUGGUUCGGGAGUGGUUUUCAGUUCAAUAUCAUCUGCAAAUUUUGAUUUUAGUAAGUUAAAUUUUUGCGAAGUUAGAUUAGUUUCAGUGAAUAAAUAAAUGAAACCUUUAUGUGAUUUCUGUGGAGCUGCGAGGGCUAUCGUUUACUGUAAAUCAGAUUCUGCUAAGCUUUGUUUGAGUUGUGAUGGGUUUGUGCAUUCAGCUAAUGCACUUUCACAGAGGCAUCUUCGUUCACUCAUUUGCGAUAAUUGCCAUUCAGAGCCUGCGGUUGUUCGUUGCAUUGAAGAUAAAUUGUCUCUGUGUGAGAAUUGCAGCGCUAGUGGGAAUUGCUGUUUGGAUCCUGGACAUCGGAGGAAAACCCUAAGUUAUUACUCAGGAUGUCCUGCUAUUACAGAGCCAUCCAAGGAAUUAAAUGCCAGGUGGGCACAUCAAGGAAUGAUGGCUAUGAAUGGUUGGGAAUCUGGACAACAAGAACAACAUGAUUUGAUGGUAACAACCAAGUUGAAUGAGUUGGAGCCUUGUGUUUCUUCUGAAACUUGGACGGGUCCAUCUUCAGUGGUUACAACUAAGCUGAAUGGGUUGGAGACUUGUGUUUCUUCUGAAACUUGGACGGGUACAUCUUCAGUGGUUCCUCCUGAUGUGAAUUCAGUGCAUUGCAGUGGAGAUAAACCACUAUCAUAUCCUGAGAAUCCAAACCUUUCAAAGGGUUGUUCUCCAUUGAAGGACGUUGGAGUUUCUGAUGGUGGCGAUCUCUGUGAUGGUUUCAACAUGGAUGAUAUUGGGUUAAAUUUUGAGAACAGCGAUGAGAUUUUUGGGUGCUCACAAAGUCAUCCCAAUAUUGUUCUCGAUGAUGUGCCUAUUGAUUCCUUAUUUAUGGACAAGAACUUCUCAGUUGCUGAUUCUAAUGGUCCCAAUGAGAAUACUAUAGAGGCAUCAUCAUCAGGGCAACAGGACUGCAUGUCUCUUCAAUCUUCUUGUGCUGCUGGGUCUGCCUCUGGAGCAGAUCAGGUACUUCUAAAUCCUGGUUGCUACAGAAACAUCAGGCUAAAUUUUCCUACUGGACAAGUCCAUUCAGGCAUGCCACUUCCAUUCUCCAACCUCAUUGGAGAAAGUAGUAUCGCUGAUUAUCAAGACUGUGGAGUAUCACCAGUUUUUCUAUCAAGUGAAUCACCUUGGGAUUCAAAUUUGGAAACUAGUUGCCCCCAGGCAAGGGACAAAGCAAAGCUCAGAUACAAUGAAAAGAAGAAAACACGAAUAUUUUACAUGCUUGAUCCUAGGUUUGGGAAACAAAUAAGAUAUGCUUCUCGUAAAGCGAGAGCAGAUACCAGAAAGCGUGUGAAAGGUAGAUUUGUGAAGGCUGGUGAAGAUUAUGACUAUGAUCCUCUUGUAGAAAGAAAUGACUAAGACAGAUCAAUGGUUCUCUUCCUUUCUAAGAUGCAGAGCUUGUUGGUAAGGUAUCAAUCAUGCCACCUGCAAGAAGCUUGAAACAGUCAUUUUUUCUGUAUUUGAAUAGCUGGCUGGUAAAACCUGUGGAAAAAUAAAUUCAGAAUGAUGUGCUCAGAACUUCCUCCUCGCUCAUUUAGAAGUAUGGCAUCAGGAAAUAUAAAAGAAAGCGAAAAUAAAAAAAAUAAAGGACAGGAAAACAAAAUGGUUUCUCUAUAUGAUUAUCUGUAUUAGCCGAAGUUUGGUAGAAGGAAGUCAAUAAAUCCAUAUUUCGAAAUGGAUAUGAUUCUUCCACCAGACUAUUUUAUUUCCCAUUUCUCUCUGGAAGUUGCUCCAGAUGUCAUCAUUUUGGUGGUAAUGUUUUUCUUCUUUUUGUUCCCUACCCUGAUGCUCCCAAUGCCAAUGUUUCUCGAAGUUGGUAGUGCCGUAUAAAUUUUUGGACUCGUUCCUUGUGAAACUUUCAGAACAUGCUUACCCUCCUGUAAGCAAUAAAAUAAUGAUUCAUUCUUUGCA